GAAAGCAUCGUUCUUUUUCAGUAGAUAAACCGAAGAACGAUUCAGUCGCAUUAAUUUCAGCGUCAAAAUCGAAAUUUUCGUCAAUGAGUAUGACAGUUAUAUGUCCUCUCAUGAAGCUCAUUAGAGUCAAUUCGAGCAGAUAUCGGCAAAAAAGCGACGUAGUUUCGCGAAGCCAAAGCGGAAAACUCGUCAAGUCUGAAAGCACCUGUUCCGAUUCUCCCCACGUCGAAAAGUCAAAAAACUCCUUUCUAUACUCGAAACGUGUGAAAUAUUUGGGCCUUGCUCUAGUCAUCAUCGUAAUUUGCGUCAUUACAACUAGCAUCUUAAUACUCUCACGGAAAACUGAUAAGUCUCCUGAAACUGAGACUGAGAUCCCAAGACCCCCUUUGGGCCCCGGUGCCAUCAUCAAUAAGAAAAUCUGGGGUGGCCGUGCCACUUUAAACUUCUCAAAACCGCUACCACAUCCCACACAUUUUGUGAUCAUUUCCCACACUGUUACUCCAUUUUGCAACGAUUUUCUUAAAUGUUCACAAAGGGUGCAAUCCAUGCAGGACUACCAUAUGGGUAGUUUGAAAAGUCCCGAUAUUGGUUACAAUUUCGUCAUUGGUGGAGAUGGAAAUGCGUACGUUGGAAGAGGUUGGGAUAUUAGGAAUUUUCACAUGGAUGAUUCAAUCGGAAUUAGUUUUAUUGGAGAUUUUAUUCAGGAUAAUUUGACAGCAGAUAUGAUCAAUGUAGCGAAGAAAUUGUUAGAUGAAGGUGUCAAAAGUGGGAAAUUGGCCAAAGAUUAUAAAUUAUUAGCUCAUAAUCAGACAUACAAAACGGAAAGUCCGGGACCCAAUGUUUACAAGGAAAUCAAAAAUUGGCCGCAUUUUGAUACAAAAAUUUAUUACUUAAAAUAGUGACAGAAAGAAAAAUAAAUUUAUGUAAUUUAUUAUGUUAUUUGCUGGUUGUUACUGUUGUCAUAAAUUAGUACAAGAAAAAACAAAAAUGUGAAAAAAACAAUAUAUUAAUUGUAUAAUUUAUAUAAAUAAAUUUAU